CACUAGCAAUUGUUAACCAAUAGUUGGAAUUCCGGCAUGUCACGUGAACAGUUUUGUUUACCUUGAUUGACUUGAUCCAUUAAUUCACAUAGGAAAUCUAUGUUAUUAGACGAACAACUUCAUUUAGUGUAAUAAUUCUAGAUCUGUAUUAUCUAAUAGUUAUUUAUGAAAUAAGCAGAAUAUAAUAAUUUGUUUUUAAUUUCUUUUGGUAUUAAUAAAAUCAAUUAAAAUGACGAUUGGUAAAAACAAUAAAAUGCUACAACAUAUCAAUUAUAGAGUCAGAAUUAUUUUGCAAGAUUCAAGGACAUUCAUAGGCACAUUUAAAGCCUUUGAUAAACAUAUGAAUCUUAUACUUGGUGAUUGUGAAGAAUUCCGUAAAAUUAAACCAAAAAAUACAAAACAACCAGAGAGAGAAGAUAAACGUGUAUUAGGCUUUGUACUCUUAAGAGGAGAAAACAUAGUUUCUCUCACUGUAGAAGGCCCUCCACCUCCAGAAGAAGGAUUACCUAGAGUACCUAUUCCUGGUGCAGCACCUGGACCUGGUAUGGGUCGUGCUGCAGGACGUGGUAUGCCUGCCAAUGUUGCUGGAGUACCUGCUGGUUUACAAGGUCCUGUCAGAGGUGUUGGAGGUCCUUCACAACAAAUAAUGACUCCUGGAGGUAGAGGUCAAGUUUCUGCACCACCACAAAUGCAUCCAGGUGCUCCUCCACGUAUGCCAGUUGGAGGUCCUCCACCUGGAAUGAUGGGUCCACCACCAGGCAUGAUGGGAAUGCCACCAGGAAUGCCACCUAUGGGACGUGGAGGUCCACCAAUGGGACCACCUGGAAUGAGAGGUCCACCUCCAGGUAUGAUGCGUGGUGGACCACCUCCUCGUCCAUAUUAAUACCUUUUAAUAUACUACAAUGUUGUAACUAAUGAUAAUAAAAAUCACUUUUAUAAUAUUA